AUGUCGACCCAGGACCAGCGCGGCGUGCCGGUCAGCGUGGCCCACGCGCAGCGCCAGUUCCGCCUGCUGGAGCUUCCCGAGUCCCUGCUGGAGCUCCUGGCCUCGCCGAACCCGCCGGUGCUGUCGAUCAAGUCCAGAACACCGGCCCAGCAGAAGCAAGCAUCCGCUGUGCUCUGCACGUCCAACAAGACGUACCAUCUCCGCCAAGUCCACACGUCCAACUCAGUGCACUUGACCCAACCGGUCAGUCUCAGUGCGCGGCCCGAUGGCCUUGCGACCCCUGGCAUCUCUGCAAUUGCCAAAUGCGGCUCGGUGCUCGAGGCCCACCCCGUGAACGAGUCGCCCGUCUCCGCUCUCAGAGAAGCUCUCACCAGGAUCUGGCACCAUGAAAGCUGGGGCGGCGAUUCUAUCGCACAGUUCAGCGGCGAGCUCGUACGCAAGAGAAAAGAGGACUUCUUCGCCGAUAUUCCCUUUUCCGACGCCGAAUGCGAGCAGGCCUGGGUAGAGCUAUGCGCCUUCGAGUUUGCAGCCGGCCCUGUGCUCCCGACUUUGCCGACCUUGUGGACGUACUGGAAGACCAUCUUCACUACGGCUGUCGCCGAAGGCAUAGACCUAGGCGCACAGUUCCAAAUCACCCACUUAGCGAAGACGCUGCAGGAGGAAGGAGAACUCUUCUCUGGGCUGGUCGAGGCAAUCUUCCACCGCCUGCUGCCCGACGAUCAGAUGGGCGGCGAUGACUGGGCCGCGGUUGAUCGUGCGAAGUGUGUGCCGUGGGUUGGGCGCAACCUUCUUGCCGCACUCGACUCGCAUCACAGAAGCGCCAGACCUACGGCAGAAUUCCUCGACCUAUGGAGAGAUACGCUCCCCGAGGCAUGGAGGGAAGACGCUCAACUGGAAGCCAUCAAAGGCGAGUACACUUUGCCGUCAGACCACACAAUCGCUCCCAAGGGCGCGCACAGCGUCUCGUCGACAGCAGGCACCGGCAAAGGGCCGCGCAAGUGGCACGAAAAGUUCAAAGCGACCAGAAAAUAG